AUGACGCCCAAGGAAUCCACACGGAUCUUAUCCGUCCGUCGGUUGAACAAAGAAGGACCCGGAAACAGGUCACUCGCAGAAUGGUGGGAGAGCGAACGCAAUAAUAAGACACCCGAGGCAGAGGCGAUCGCGGAGGCCGCCAGCCUUCUCCAGGACAGCGACAUCCCCGUCGCUUUUCCGACGGAGACCGUCUACGGGUUGGGCGCCGAUGCGACGCGAAGUAGUGCGGUGCAGGGAAUCUACAAGGCAAAGCAACGGCCCUCGGACAACCCGCUGAUCAUCCACGUUGACUCACUGAGCAUGCUCGAGCGGCUCCUCAACCCUGUGCAGAUGAGUCCGACCCGCGCUACCAAGACCGCAAGAAACUCUAUCCCUCCCAUCUACCACCCCCUCAUUGAACGGUUCUGGCCUGGCCCUCUCACCAUCCUCCUCCCCAACCCCUCCGGCUCCCUCCUCGCAGACGAGGUCACCUCGAACCUAACGACGUUUGGCGUGCGCAUGCCUGCGUCCCCGCUGGCCCGGUUACUGAUCCACGUCGCGGACCGGCCGCUGGCUGCGCCGUCCGCGAACGCGUCUACGAAGCCGUCGCCGACGACGGCAGAGCACGUGUACCACGACCUGCAGGGUCGGAUCGAACUGAUCCUGGACGGUGGUCCCUGCGGGGUGGGCGUAGAGAGUACUGUAGUGGACGGGCUGUCUGACCCCCCGGCGAUUCUACGACCCGGAGGCAUCGGUAUUGAAGAACUGCGGAGCUGUGCGGGGUGGGAGAAUGUGCAGGUCGGGUACCAUGAUGGAACCCUGGACGUGAAGGAGGUGCCCCGCGCACCGGGGAUGAAAUACCGGCAUUACUCGCCCAAGGCCCGCGUGGUGCUCUUCGAACCUGGAUCGGACGAGAAGGCUGUUGCGAAGCAUGUGCACAAGGAUCUCGAGGACACGGCGAUUGGUGCGCACAUGAUCGGGGUGGUACGCACGAAGCAUUGGAAGCGCGGGCUGGGGCUGGUCUCGGAGGAGGAGAUCCAGAAGACCGUCAAGCCCAUUCCGUCGUUGGUGGACACCUUGGUGGGAUUCUCGAUGCCCGUGAAGGACCAGGCCAAUGGAUGUCCUGCUGUCAAAGAGGCGUUUGACUGUCACCUGGGAACGGACGUUGAGUCUAUCGCGCGGGGGCUGUUCGCGGCGCUACGGGCAAUGGAUGAGAUGGAGGUGGAUGUCAUCUAUGUCGAGGGCAUCUCCGACACCGAAGGGGAUCUGGCGGCGGCGGUGAUGAAUCGCUUGCGCAAGGCUGCGGGGGCAGAGCUUCGCGUAUAA